AUGGCGAACCUCGAGCCGGUGGAGAAGACCGCUGUCGUGUCGGACUCGACCGGCGCCGAUGCGGCGCCAGCAAUUCGGGCGCGGCCGACUCGCUCCAGUUCGGCGCAGCUCGCCUUGGAGCCCACCGCGCUCUUAAAUCGCCUCGAGACCAUGCUCCUCGGCAACCAACCCGUCCCCGCACCCUCCAACGAGGUCAGCAUCGUCGGCGAGGUCACCAACGGCAUCAUCAUCGCCGCGAAAGCUGCCGUAAACACGCUCUUUUCGUCGCAGCGGCGCGGCGCGCUGAUGGCUCUCCAGAUAAAGAACCUGAAGAAGGCUGCGCUGGCGUACCUUGUGUGGGACCUACGCGGCGAGCUGGCGGGCGCGCGACUCGAGCAGGCGGUCGUGUACGGCAAGCGGCUCGAGACGCACGCGAGCGGCGUGGACAAGGAGUUGGGCAAGUGCAAGCGGCGGCAGGCGGGCGCGGAGGCGCUUCUCGCUGUCGUUCCAGAAACGUUGCAGGACGUGCCCACGCCAGAGGAGCCCGCGGUCGAGGAGGAGCCGGCGGUCGAGGACCUGCCGGCCAGCGACUCCCGUCCCGACGACGCGUCUUCGGACAGCGAUCGGGAAAGCGUCUUCGAACGUCGGGUGACCCGUCGGAUGAUCGACGCCGGCCUGAACGAGGCGCAAUUCGAUGAUAUGCGGAACGUUUACGGGAUUCAGCUCGCCCACGAGGACAAGUGCCACGAGUGUGCCAAGCUGCAGGCUCGGGCAGUGAAACUGUAUGAUAUGCUCCUCCCGUACCUCGAGCGCGACUGGGUGCCACUGGAGGAGGCAUUCCAGCGGCUCGACCUUAUAGCUGCUCGGGAGCGCUCGGGUACCCUGGGUCGUGGGUAUGAUAGUGACACAACAUAUGUGUGA